AUGGUGCGCGUCGGCCGUUCGCACUCUCAGUCCCUCUCAGCGACUUCCUUUCCGUACAGGAAUGGAGCAACCCCGGCCGCGCGCGUUCCCGCCGCUCUCGCGCCGCAGUCCCGCCCUGCCGCUUCGCGGGGGGGGGACCACGACGAGCGGCUGGUCGCGAUGGCGCGUCUCCUGGCACACACAGACGUGAAGUAUCGGAAUCAAGGGCUGAAACGCGUCGAGGCGUUUUUGUCGGGAGUUUCGCGGCAGCGGCGGAAGCGAGGAGCGGCGGAUGCGCAGGAUGGGGAGACGCUCGGCGAGGCAGAGAACGCGGCGGAGAACCCGAAGGCGCCUUCUCCUCUCCCCUUCUCGCAGUAUGAGAAAGUUUGGACGACGCUGUACUAUGCGGCGUGGCUGAGUGACAAGCCGCUUGUCCAGCGCGAGUUGUUUGUGUGUCUCGCGUUGUUGGAGCGCGUUUUGCCGACCUUUGCGGAGAAGCGGAAAUUCUUCAAAGCCUUCUUCCUCGUCAUGAAGCGGAACUGGGACAAACUGGACUGUAUCCGCGUCAACAAAUUCCUUCUUCUCGAGAGAAUCAUGGUAGCGGAGCUGUUGCACCUGAUGCUGCAGGCGGCGAACCGACCUCAAAAGUUCGUGUUCCCCAUGGGCCGUUUCCUCGCCGAGCGCAUCCUCCUCGAUGAGAGGGGCGGAAACGGCCUCGCCCAGCAACUCGGACUGUACUUCCUCUCCGAGUACCGCGUGGCGCGCUCGCAAGACGUUGCCGCCGUCUCGGCGUCUGACGCGUCCUGGACCGAGGCGAAGGACUCAGACUCCGAAGAAGACAGCAGCCUCCAGAAGGUGGGCCAGGAGGACAGCGAGAAGCUCUUCUUUGCCUUCUUCUUCCCCUUCUUCUACGCGGCGUGCUUCACCGAAAGCCCUGCGAUGCUGCGGGCGAUCCACACGCAAGUCCUCCUCGAACUGAACGAGGAGGACUUGCGCCCGCGGGUACUCGCCGCAGCGCUCUUCACGCUCGCGUCGUUGCCGAGCGUCCGCGGAGACAACCGCCGCGCGCUCUUUCGGACUCUCGACGCCCUCGAGGCCCAGGUCGGUUCGGAAGACCGCGCCUCGUCGCUCUCAGCCGUCGCCGCCGCGUCGCCAGGCAUUCAGCUGCUGCUGACGCAGGUGACGUCUCUCCGAGGGUCUGGGACAGCGCCCCGGGCGCCUGGCGAGGACAGUCUGAAGCCGGAGAAGCAAGGCGACGUGAACAGGCGCGGCGGAGCCGCGGCCGCGUACGACGACGGCGAGACCUGCAUCUCGUUUCCGCGGCCACUUGCUGACGCGCCCGAGGACGCUUGCGAGGAGGGACCCGCGCGCUCGACGCUCCGCGAAGGAAAGAGGAAGAGAGAGCGGGGAGCGGGAGACAGCAAGAAGCAAGGCGGACGGGGCGAAGGGGGCGAGGGGCUGGAGACGAGCGGGGCCGGCGACAGCGUCUCGAAGAAACUGGAACGCAAAGCCGAUCUGGAGGUCUCCAAGGCGGGUCAAUGCAGCCCGCAGGCUGCGGCUGCCGUGCACAACGCCGACACCGCAUGCACCCCCAAGAAGGCAAAGACGGGGAAACUGGAGUUCGCGAGGACGGAAGAAGCAUGCGCGGCUGAGUGCGCCCUCGGGAAGAAAGGAAAGUCUCGAGGCUGUUCCAUCGACGACGACGGGUUGCCUGACGGUCUGAGCCAGGCGAUGAGCGACGGCGAGCAGUUUGUGGGGAAGCGAAAAAAGUUCCUUGGGGACGCUUCGCUCUCGUCUGGCGGCGCGCUGAACGCGCGGGCGAAGAAACUCCGUGCGGGCGCGCUGGGCUCCGCGGACGCGGCGGGCGUCUGUCUCCUCGCGGCCGGAGACGAGAGCCCUUCCUGGCCCCGAGGGCUCGAGGAGAGGCGACGGGGUGUGGGGCUGCAGGCAGGGAAGGCUGUCUCGGGGUUGAACGGGCCUCGUGGCAGUUUCCUCGCGUCCUCGCUCCUCCAACGCGACGACGAUUCCGAGAGCGACACUGCGCCUAGCUUCCUGGGGAGCGCCGUGCACGGUUCAUGCUCUCCCCUGUCGCCGAGGAAGAGUCCAGAGAAGGCGUUUUCGAAGGUCCGGAAGGUGCGCGGCACCGACGCGUCCCCGGAGGAGGACGGACGAGAAGGCGGGUCGCCGGAGGCGAAGACGCCGACGCAGAAGCAAGAGAACGCAAACUGCGGUUUAGGGAAGGCCUCGGGUGGGGGCGAGGGAGACACUGGAGAGGCGAGUGCGAAGACAGCUCAGGGCGAUGCUUCAGGGUACAGUGGGGACGACACGUGGAGCGGGGAGGGCGCCCGCGGGCAGGAGUGUGGCAGCGAUGAAGAGGUGAUGGAAGAUGACCGGAAGGCGAAGAAGGAAAGGAAAAAGAGACAGAGCGAGAAGCAGAGGAAGAAGGAAGAGCGCCAGCGACGCCGAAAAGAAAGGCGGGGACUGCUGCCAUCCUCUCUGUCUGUUCCAGGUUCCACGGACGCGUCUCAGCUUGGAGAGGAGACAGGGGAUGAAGCGCCGCUCUUGCGCACUCAGACGAAGAAGACAAAGAAGGUGAGAGCCGCAGGUCUUGCGUCAGAGGCUGCUUCUCCUAGCAACGCGGAGAGAAACGCGGGCGGCAAACACAGAGGAUCCAAGACGGGCUUCCUCGUCCCGUCAGGAGCGGCCAGGGCGACGGAAAGAAGGAGAGUUGUUUUCGACCUCAAGCGCAAUCGCGUCACAGCCUUCAACCGCCUUCAACCUCCUUCUGCAGUGAGUCCCUCGGUGUCGCAGGCAGACUUGCUGCCGGGCGUGCGUCGUCCGACUGCGGGUUCUUGUGGCGGGUCAACCUCCACCUUGUCGUCAAAGGGCGCGGCUGAGGGAGGCGUUGCGUCUUUUGCUUCGGCCUCUUCGCCGUCGCGCCUCAGCUCGGCGUCUCCCUCGCUUGUCUCUGUCUCCGGACUGUCGAGCGGCGCGGAGGACCGAGCUGCGCUCGCUGCGCAGACUGCGCCUGUUCUCAAGUCGAUUCUGAAGCGACCCGUAGGCGCCUGUUUGGCGCUGAGUGAGCAUCCCCACUGGGUUUCCUCCUCUUCGCCUUCUUCGGGGAAUGCAUCGGCGGCUUCGACGCCUCGCGCGUUGAAGGCGAAGCCCGCGAAUAAAACGCUUGCAGGCCGUUCGCCGAACCUGGGGGCCGCCCUGGCGCUGCCCGACGGGGACUUCCAGAGUCCGUCUCCGACUGCCGAGGGUGCCUUGCAGCUGCCGCUCUUUCUCCCGGGGAAGAAACGGAGCAAGAGAGAGAAGCGCAAGGCCGAGCUGGAGAAGAAGGGAAAGAACAGAGGAUCUGCCAAAACAGUGAUUGCCCUCCCGAGUGGGAGUUGGGACGCGGUCGCUCAUGAGGCGGCGACAGACAAGCGAGAGGAGGAGGUGCACGGCAGAGAGAUGUGA